GGAGAGCCCACUGACCCAAUGGACUCGCCCAAUCUAUUUGGAUCUGAACCAGAGCUCUCAGAACGCACGUAUCCUCCUCGCGUGAUCCAGGCCGGAACCCCAGGGUUUAAGCCUCCGCGAGGGUUUAACAAGCCUCUCCCUCUCCCUCCCUCUCCCUCUCCCGUGCGCUCCCACGCGGGCGCAAGCCUCUGCGAAACCCUCAAAACGCUCGCCCCAAACCCCAACCCUUCUCCUCCCCUGCCCCCAAUGAAAACCCUAAUUCCUCGGGUCCUCUUCAUCCAUUUCCCCCCUCCUUCUCCACUCCCUCUCCGUUCCUACCGCUUCUCUCUCAUCUUCCUCCAUUCCGUUGCCGGCGAGGAGAACCACCAGCGGCUAACGGAAUCCUUGCCUUCAUCUCCUCCUUCCCCUUCUUCUUCUUCUCAUCCGUUCAGUUCUUCUUCGUCUUCCUCCAGGCGGCAUCACGAGGGGGAGAGCAGGAACGUGAAGGUCUCCGUAUGGUGGGACUUCGAGAACUGCAACAUCCCGGUGGGCGUGAACGUGUUUCGUGUGGCGAGUCGGAUAACGUCGGCCCUCCGGUCGACCGGCAUAAAAGGGCCGGUCACCAUCACCGCCUUCGGGGAUGUGGUUCAGCUCUCUCGAGCCACUCAGGAGGCGCUCACCUCCACUGGCGUUUGCCUUAACCAUGUGCCCCGUAGUGGGAAAAACAGCUCCGACAGGUCUUUCAUGGCUGAUCUUGUCUAUUGGGUGUCACAAAACCCUCCGCCUGUCCACUUCUUCCUAAUAUCGGGGGACAGGGAUUUUGCAAACAUUCUGCACCGCUUAAGGAUGAGCAACUAUAACAUAGUCCUUGCUAGCACUGACACUGCUCCAGGUGUCCUCUGCAGUGCUGCAACCAUCAUGUGGCCAUGGUCUGCUUUGGUUAGGGGAGAGAAUAUCUCUGUAAAGCAUUUUAACCAUCCACCUGAUGGUUUAUAUGGGUCUUGGUAUGGGCACUACAAAGGGGUUCUUGAUGACCCCUUCUCAGGUAUGGAGCAAGCAGCCAAUUCACAACCUGAUGAAUAUAUGGAAUCAAUUUCUGAGGCCAAGGCUCGCCCAAUUCCCAAGGCAGUAGUGAAUGGGAUCCGUCAGGUAUUAUGCUGGUACCCUGAAGGGAUAAAUCUUUCCGACCUUCGCGCCGAGCUCAAAAGAAACAACAUAACCAUUGAUAAGGACUUUUUUGGGUAUAAGAAGUUCUCGCACCUUCUUUGUUCUAUGCCAAAUGUUGUGAGGUUCAAACCUCCUCCACCAGGGGAAAAUCAACCGCUGGCGAUUGGUAUCCACAGAAGUGUAACUGAAUCGGUUGAACCCUGUCCUAAGCUUGCCAAAGAUAUUGAAAUUAGUGGUGGGAAGGGUUGUGCCAUCAGUCAGAAUGGAAAAACAUCAGAAGUGGCUCCUCCAACUACUAUAUCAGAGCCUUCUCCCAGUCAGAAAGAGACUGAUGCCAAUGGUAGCAUAGGUACUUCAACUGUCCCACGGGGACAUGAGGGUGUAGUUGAAGGGAGAUUUGAAAGGCUUUGGAAAACCUCUAUUGGGUCCGAGCCUCCCAAGGCAGAACCAUCUCCUUCUUCUGAAGGGACAGACGUGGACACCUUUGUUGGUGCUUUCACAUCCCAGCGACAAAAUGAAGCUCUAGUUGAAGAGGGACUUUUUAGAAGGAUUUGGAAGACCUUGAGUGGCUCUAGAGGUGGCCAUUCAAAGGACAAAAAUGGUACCAUCCGCAGGCCAGAUUCUGCUACUUGUGAGGAUUCUAAUGAAGAUGGAGCAAGUGUGUGCAGUUGCAAACACUCUGAGAAAGCAAAAUCUGAAGAGAAGAAAGCUGCAAGGCCAAGGGACGAUCCUUCUGGUCUGGUGGGUUGUGGAUUGAGUUCUUCAGAUGCAAGUAAGUCGCUUCCAAUGGACAAAACUGUUGAACCAUUGGAAGAGCAUAUUGGUGCAGCGGACAUGAGAAUGGGUUUCUUUAGUCGGAUGGCAAGCUGGUGGAGAUCAUGGAAAUAUGGUGCCAAAGGUCAAGAGGAUAGUGUUGCAUCUAUUAGAGAGGUCCUUGAUAAUGAAGAGAGGAAUGUACAAGGUGAAUCUGUUAAAACAUUGACCGAUGCUAGUUGUCUGCCUGAAGCUCAUGAUUUAUUUUCAAAAGCUUACUUUUGGGAUGCUCUGAAAUCAUUUUUGCUUGCUCCCAAAGGGUCUGAUAUUAUCUUAAAAUCGAGAACAAGGUAAACUGAAUGUUCAUAC